AUGGGCUCGCUAUUUCGAUCGCUCUUCGCGGCGGAAGAGGAGCUCACUCCAACCCAGAAGCUCAUGUAUGCUUCAGAGAAGCUGAACAACUUUCGCCUCAUCUCACGGCUUUGCGCUACACGGUCUUCCUAUACCCUGACGGCAAACGAUUUGGCACCCGCCGACCUCUAUGUCGUCCUCGCCGACUUGGGCGAAUUCGCACAGAUCGCGUCUAACAUACCCGAGACGCAGUAUGUGUUCGACAACAAGGACAUGCUUCUGCAGCGCAAGUACCCCUUUGAGGGGUUCGAGGCACUGCGGGACGCCGAACUGUUGUCUGCAUUCAAGGGCACGGUUGCCGCCGCGCCUGUUAUCACGGUAUAUCGUCCUGGGACCAAGCAGCUUGUCGUCGGCUUCGGAGGUACGACGAACAUAAUGCAAACACUAUACGACAUAUAUCCAGUUAGGCGACGCCUCCCCUAUGGGAACGGAUGCGUGCAUUCUGGCUUCUACGCCAUGUAUAAAGGAUGCAGAGACCAAGUGAUCGAUGCCGUCAGGCAGGCCUUCGACGGGCAUGACGUCCAAGAGCUGGCGAUCGUGGGACACAGCAUGGGAGGUGCCCUGAGCUAUCUUUUCGCCGUCGACGUCCUUGCGGGGCAAUGUCCGCUUCCAGCUGGGACACCGGUGACGGUGGCUACUUAUGGGUGCCCCAGGCUCGGAGACGCCGCACUAUCUCAGUUUUGGCGGCAAUUCGUCGCACAGUACCAAGCCGCAAACGGCGAAGCUUCUGUGAAAGACUUUUCCGUGAAAGGUCUGAAUGAUGGCGUGCCAUCUCUCCCGCCUGUCAGCUGGGGCUACAGGCACAUCGCAUGCACACCAUUUUACUUCUAUCACGGCCGACUGUUCCAUAUUCCGGCAGCGGAAGCUGAACACGGCGUCUUCACUGUCGAGAAGGACGCGUUGGACCAGACACGCAUACCAGACCACCCGCGGGGAGGGCACAAUUACUACAACGGAAGGGACACGGAGAAGGUCGUGCGGCGAGCGUACUGGCUAGACCGCAUGAUUUCGGAGCAAAGCAGCGGGUGGCAGGAGAAGUACCUCGCAAAGAUUGCCGAAUUAGAGCAGGUGAAGUAG